AACAUAUAUACAAAAGAGACGAUGAUGCCCUAAGAAUGGCCUAAACCAUUUUUAUUAUUGUUUGCCUUCCCCCUCAUUUACAGAAUUACAGAGAGUCGGUAGAGAGAAAGAGAAAGAGAGACGUUUCUUAGGCUGUCCAUUUUUAUUCCACCGAAUUAUAGUUAGACCCGCCGGAGAAACUAGCUACGACGGCGGUCCAACUCGUUCCGAAGUCGUAGAAGUCAUUAGAUUAUCUACUUGCGUCUUUCGCCUGUGUGGAAUCAUCGAUCUGUGUUCGCCCAUCACCGGGACUUCUGGAUCCUGAAGAUAUAGUUGGGGCGAUCGAUCAGAGAGAGGUUCAAAAAUGUCUUCAUCGUUAGAACAAGAAAUUUUCUUACAGUGGGGAAACAAGAAGAGAUUAAGAUGUCUAAGAGCCAAAGCCAAAAAGAUCUCUCGCGCUAAAUCUUCUUCUCGGUUUCUAGGUCAAGAAACCCUCCUCCUCCAAUCCACUAGAUUCUCCAGAGGAUCAGAAGGGGCAAUCCUCAGAUCUGGACUACCAGAUCGACGGAGAACGUCGCCGGAGAAAGAAGAGAGGUAUUAUACUACGAGAGGUGUAGUGGAUAGCAUUGGUAAAGAUUGUUUAGAUGGAAACAAUGGAGAAGAUAGCAACUGCAAGGAAGAGGCCAUGUGGCCCAAGCUGUUUAUAACGUUAUCAAGCAAAGAGAAGGAAGAAGAUUUCUUGGCUAUGAAAGGUUGCAAACCUUCACAUAGGCCUAGGAAGAGAGCCAAACUCAUCCAAAGAAGCUUACUUUUGGUGAGUCCUGGAACCUGGUUGGCUGAUUUGUGCCCCGAUAGAUAUGAUGUUAGGGUGAAGAAGAGCUCUAAGAAGAGGCGAGCUAGAGGAUUGAAAGCUAUGGGAAAUAUGGAGACUGAUUCAGAUUGACAAGUUUCCGUAUUCAUUUAAGCUAACUUUCGUGGGUUUACUUUAAGCAAUCUUUUAAGAUCUAGUAUAUUAGAUGAAAUUAUUCGGUUGAGCACUUUGAACACAAGGAUAUAUCAUUUCUUUGUGACAAUGUAUGUGCUUGUUGUAACUUGUAACAUGAUCUAUUACAAUCUUUUGUUUCAAAUCA